GACGUGUGAUCUCGCGAGACUUCCGCUGCUUAUAUAUAUCAACUGAGGCAGUCUCGGCGGCCCUUUUCUUUGAGCCGUUAAACCGUUGCGUAGCUGGGUUUAUCCGCCGCCAUCCGCCACCAUGCCGCCCAAAUUCGACCCCAACGAGGUUAAAGUCGUCUACUUGAGAUGUACUGGAGGUGAAGUUGGAGCAACAUCAGCUCUGGCUCCGAAAAUCGGGCCCCUUGGUCUGUCUCCCAAGAAGGUGGGUGACGACAUUGCCAAGGCCACCGGUGACUGGAAGGGGCUAAGGAUCACCGUGAAGCUGACCAUCCAGAAUAGGCAAGCGCAGAUUGAAGUGGUCCCUUCUGCCUCUGCCUUGAUCAUCAAAGCUUUGAAAGAGCCUCCCCGUGAUCGGAAGAAGCAGAAAAACAUUAAGCACAAUGGCAACAUCAGCUUCGAUGAGAUUGUGAACAUCGCCCGGCAGAUGCGGCACAGGUCCUUGGCCCGAGAACUCUCUGGAACCAUUAAGGAGAUCCUUGGGACGGCCCAGUCGGUGGGCUGCAAUGUUGAUGGGAGGCACCCCCAUGACAUUAUUGAUGACAUCAGAAGUGGUGCUUUUGAAUGCCCUACAAGCUAAGAUUGCUGCCUGGAUGGAUCCAGCACCACAUGGUGAAUCUUUGCAAUUAAAAAGUUGCCUGGUUCA